AAUAUGAUUUAUAAGUAAAUUAGUUUUAAUACAUGUGACAAUACGAAAUCAAUAAAUAAAAAAUUAAGGAUCUGUAUAUUAUCAAUAAAAAUAUGCAGAUUGGUUUAUUUUUGAAACUAAAAAUAAAUAUUUUAUUUUAAUUUUUUAUAUUUUCAUAUUAGGUUUUAGAUGUAAAAAAGUAUUUAGCUUUAGUGAUCUGGAAUUACUUACUAUUUUAUCACUAAUAUUUUAUUAUUAAUUUUAUUAUAUUAAUACAUAAAUGUACAAAUACCUUAAUAAUAAAUAAAAAAUAAAAAAUAAAAAACCACUAAUGACAAAAAAAUACAAAACCCACGUACAUUGUUAAAAACCAAAAAAUGUGUCUUUUGGUUUUUGCUUGAAAACAGGUAAUUAACUACAAAAUCUGAUUUUUUCUAUGUUUUAGGGAAUCUAUUUUCUCAAAAUCUUGAUUGGUAUAAAAAUGGUUUUUACAAAAACUAAAAACUGUUUGAAAAACUACAAGUAAAUAUGAAUUUUCUAAUUUGAAAAAAAAAGAACACUGACUAAACAUUGCGUAUUCAAAAACAUAUUAAAAUGCAGCAUGAGUCGACCGCAAUAAAAGCUAUCUUUUUGGGUAAUGUAUUUUGAUAUCUAUUAAUAGUGUUCUUAGCAUUUGCACUCAGAAAUUUAAGUUUUUUUUGUAUCUUUUGAAAGUGUACUUAACAUUUGCACCCAAUAAGUAUAUAUUGAAGUGUUAUUAUCAUUUCGAAGAUUGCCGCCGAAAAGAAGAUUGCGGAAAAAAAUCUAUUUUAACUAUGUGUCAUAUCUUUUCAGUUUUGAACUUUAUAUUAGUGUGUAUUUCAUCCUGAAUUAAAUAAAAUUUAAAAUACUACAUGAAUUUUAUACAUUGUAUCUUUUCAUUCAUGAACUUUAUAAUAAUGCAUAUUUCGUACUGAACUAAAAAAAAUUUCAAAAAUACUACAUGAAUUCUCAAAAUUGUGCUUAUAUAUAUAUGUAUGUUAAAGUAUUAGUCAUCAGUUAAUUUAUCAAAACAAAAUCAUUUUAGAUAAAUUCUGUAAAAUUAGAAAUUUAAAAAUACUACAUGAUUCUCAAAAAAUUUUCUUACAUAUAUUGACCGUCAAAGAUGUUAAUCAUCCAUUAAUUUAUCAAAACGGUGUCAUUUAGAUACAUUUUUUAAAAUUAAAAAUUAAUAUUUUUGGGACAUUCGAAUUUUCACACAUGUAAACAAGUGUAAAGUAAAUAUCAAUAUUAAUAAUAAUAAAUUUAAGUUUAUAAAAUAAUGAUUUUAAAAGUUAAAUUUAAAACAUAAUAAUUAUAGAUUUAUUUGAUAAAACUGAAACAAUAAAAAUUUGAUAACAUUUAUUUGAUCAAACUAAAACUUAUAUAAAGUUAAUGUUCACACAAUAUAUACAAGAAAAUUAUUUUGGUCUUGGUCUAGCAGUUAAUCUUUUCUUACUUGUCCACGAGUGUGAGAGUUCAAACUUUCCAAAAAUUAAAUUUUUAAUUUUAGAAUUCAUCGUUUUGAUAAAUUAACGAAUGAUUAAUAUUUUUGACGGUCAAUAUAUAUAUAAUCACGAUUGUGAAAGUUUAUAUAGUAUUCUUAAAUUUUUAAUUUUACAGAAUUCAUCCAAAAUUAUGUCGCUUUGAUAAAUUAUCGAAUGAUUAACACUUUUGACGGUUAUAUAUAUAAGUAUGAUUUUGAGAGUUCAUAGUAUUUUUGAAUUUUUGAUUAGUUCAAUAUGGAAUAUGCACAAUUAUAAAGUUCGAGAAUAAUAAAAAUGUACGACACAUAAAGUUUAUAUGGUAUUUUUGAAUUUUUGUUUAGUCCAGUAUAAAACAUGUAUUAUUAUAAAGUUUAAGAAGAAAAAAGCAGGACGAGUAAAAUUUAGGCUGGGAUAUGCCAUUUUUCGAUGAUUGCUGCCACGUAAGAUUUUAUAAUGCAUUUUAGUCGUCGUAGUCCGUAGAAAAGUUGAGUUGCCUUAGGGCCCAUGUCCAACUACUAUGGGCUAGUUCACGGCAGCCUAAUCAAGAAGUUACGGUCUAAUAUCGAUGUACUGAUAACUCAGCCCAAGCAAAAACCAUGCAUAAUAAUGAUUAAUGACUAAUGACUCUUGUUGUAUUCCAAGGUCGAUUUCUGCCCAUCAAAAGCCCGGUUUUACUUUUCGUAUCGUGUCACGUACAGGGGCUGAUCCAGCAAUGAAGGCAAAUAUUUUCAACAUAGCUUGUCUCGCACAUCAAUCAUAUUGUAUAAUGAAUAGCAUAAUAUUUAUCAUUUAAAUAUUUUGAAAAUAUUUCUUCUUUCUUUUUCUAAAUAUAUUUUCAAAAUAUUUAUAUUUUUUAUCUUAUGUCACACAUAGCCUGAUUAAUUUUACUGACCAUGUUAUAUUUGAUUGACACGUAUAAAAAUCUUAAUUUUAAACGGUUACGUGGUUUUGGAAAAAAAUUUAUGCAAGCCUUUUUAUCUCUCACCAGUUGUCAUAUACAGAGGAAAUCUUCUGCUAUUAAAUGUUGAGAUUAUGUACAUUUAUUUUCUGUUGUUCCAUAUAACACUUCAUCUGUUUGUCAAAAGAAAAAAAAGACUUCAUUUGCUUCAAACUAAAAUCCAAGAGACUAUUUACCUAGAAGAAAACACAAAAAAAAAUGGAUGAAGAAGGGACAGUUUCCUCGGAUUCAACGAUGAGACGAAGGAAGCCUCUCGGUUGGAAAGCUAUGCCUUACAUAUUAGCCAAUGAGACAUUGGAGAGGCUUGCUUCAUUUGGAUUGACGUCGAAUUUCAUGGUGUAUAUGGUACGAGAAUAUCAUAUGGAUCAAGUCCAAGCUGCUGCUUUAAUCAAUACUUGGUCUGCUCUCACCAAUUUCGCUCCAAUCAUUGGAGCUUUCAUCUCCGACUCAUGCACCGGAAAAUUUGUAACCAUUGUUUUUGGUUCCAUCUCCGAGUUGCUGGGCAUGUUGGUUUUGACUUUAACUUCUCUGAUCCCUAGUCUACGACCACCACCUUGCACUACCGACCAAAUCACCGGAACGUGUGUUCGCUAUAGCGAUCAACAAUUAUACGUUUUACUCUCAGGACUGUUCUUGUUAUCAGUCGGAACAGGAGGAAUCCGCUCGUGCAGUAUUCCUUUUAGUCUCGACCAGUUUGACGAUUCGACUGAAGAAGGAAGGGAAGGAAGUAGAAGUUUCUUCAGCUGGUACUAUACAACUCAUACAAUAGUCCAGUUAAUAUCAAUGACUCUAGUGUUGUACUUACAGAACAACAUUAGCUGGGCCCUUGGAUUCGCUAUCCCGACCGCUCUCAAUUUGUUUGCACUUGUUCUGCUUUUUGUGGGAGUUCGGUUUUAUGUAUUUAUUAGACCCGAAGGAAGUGUGAUCUCUGGGAUCUUCAAGGUUCUCGUGGAUGCUUAUAAGAAACGUAAUGCACAGCCUCCAUCUGAGAUUGAACAUUAUCGACCGUUACUAGAGACAAGUUCGCAAUCAAAUAAACUGGUGCUCACUGAUCAAUUCAGAUUCUUGAACAAAGCUGUGAUAGUGAUGAACAACGAUGAAGCUAGAAAUGAGGAGUGGAAAAUUUGCACCAUGAGACAGAUAGAAGACAUAAAGUCUAUAAUAAGCAUAAUUCCAAUAUUUGCCUCGAGUAUUAUAGGAUUCUUGGCUAUGAACCAACAACACACCUUCACGGUCUCACAAGCACUUAAAAUGGACCUUCGAUUUCUCGGUUCUUCUUACCUAAUCCCUCCUGCUUCUAUAACCGUAAUAUCCCUCUUAACCAUAGGCAUAUGGCUUCCCUUCUAUGAAACCGUUCUUGUCCGACACAUUGAAUACAUUACAAAACAAGAAGGAGGCAUUUCUUUACUCCAAAAAGUUGGGAUUGGGAACUUUUUCUCCAUAUUGACGAUGAUUAUAUCGGGUAUUUUGGAACGAGAGAGAAGAGAUUUAUCCCGUGCAGGGGUAAGCAGGUCGGUUUUCUGGCUAGCCCCGCAACAAGUACUAAUGGGAUUUUAUGAAGUCUUCACCAUUGUUGGUCUUACCGAGUUCUUCAACAAACAAGUUCCAGGCAAUAUGAGAAGCAUUGGGAACUCGUUGCUUUACUUAGGUAUGUCUUUUGCUAGUUACCUAAGCAGUGCGACGGUGAGCACUGUUCACAGUGUGACUGCCCGUGGAGGAAGACAGAGUUGGCUCACGGAUGAUAUUGAUACAGGCAAGUUAGAUUAUUUUUAUUACUUUAUUGCUGCUUUAAGCACUCUUAAUCUCAUUUUCUUCUUGUGCUGUGCCCAAAGAUAUCGUUAUAGAAACAUGUAAUAAUUUUGAUUAUACUGGCGCUCAUUUGGAUUCUGAAUUGUGACUCAUGGCAUUUUACUAACGCGUGUUUUUAAAAAAUGUCAGAAUCUGACAUGUUUCAUGAAUAUCCUAAAUUAUGGAUUAACCCGUUUUUUUAAUAAAAAAAAACAGAGCUUGUUUUUUUUCAAUUCUAAACAAAUACCACAGCUUGUGAUUUGUGAGUCAGAGCACUUUCAAUAAGAGUUACUGACAUGGAUUUUCAAUACAUAUGUAGGUGUAAAUAUAUAAAAUAAUAAUAUUAAUUAUGAGUAUUUUAAAAUGAUGAGAACUCCACACUAAAAUAUCUUAAAUAUUUUGAGAUUUUCCAAUCCAAUAGGUUUAUAAUAACUUAUUUUUAUUAUAUUUUAAAAAAUUCGAUGGGACACCCUUAAUAAAAAUGCUCUCAUAAUAUUUUACUAACACAUUUUUAAACAAUUUAAUAAUCUUACAUGUUUCAAAUUUAGGAAUAUCCUAAAAUAUUUUUAAAAACUUGGUUCUCCAAAAAAAUAUAAUACCACAAUUUGUUUCUUAGGAUUUCUAAAAUUUUGGAAGACUUCCUAGUUAUUCUGAGGUAAUUUCUGAAUAAGAUAGAAACGAGUUUUCUUUAAAACACACAUUUUCAGAUUUCGGAUGUCAACUUUUAACAUGUCGUAAGAUUUCAUUGCAUAUUGAGUUUUUUUUUGUUUCAGUUUUUAUCAACUUCAAAUUUUUAUUAUAUUUCACCAAUGCUCGCAAAUUCAUUUUCUUAAAGUUGUGCUUAUUUUAUUAUACUAGCAAUCCAGGAUUCAUUCUAACUAAAAACGGAGCAUGAUUAGAAUUCCACCCUAAAAACCUCUAUUAAUCAUGCUCUUACUUUAUCAAUAAUUGGAGAUUCGGCAGAAACAAAAGAUGGUGGAAUAUUCAAAACUCGGUGGGCAGUUAGAUGAAGAUCAACCAUGUCCUUCGUGUUGUUUAUCUUCUUUUGCAGUUCACGUGUUUGUAGCUCUGGUUUUGUUCAUCAAUUAAAUACUACAUAAAUCCUAAGAUUAAGAAAUAACUUCAGAGUGAAAACUGGAAAGUAUGACUAAUAAUAUUAUGAAAAAACUUUACAACAUAUCGGUUAGUUAAAAGAGAAGGAAAAAAAAAAUACUUUUCUCAAAAGUCACAUGUCUCUUGCCAGCUCGUUUGAUUAAUAUCAGCACGAGAAGACCCACAAUUCCACGACGAUAACAAAAUCAAAUGAUAGCCAUUAAAGUUUAUAACAUUCUAAGGCGCUUAAAUUGCUAUAAAGAAUAACUGUUCAAAACAGAAGAAAAUGCCAUACUAAAAUUAAUAUGAUGUGAUCAGUGUAUUAAAUGUAGAAUUUGAAAAUAAUAAGAGUGUAAAUGGGAAUGCAAAUACGGUGGUCGACCAAUCCUUAUCAUUGUCUUGUACACACUUGAAACAGAAUACAAGUCAAGGAAGGUGCUUUAUUGAUUGCUCUUAUAGCUUAUUACAGCCCUGCCUUCCGAAAGUUACAGAAUAUUUCCCCUUCGUAGAAUCUUCAACUCUCAGCUUUUUUUCAUAACUUUUGUUCUAACCUAAUAUAUUUCAUAUCGUAACGUGGCUUAGGCCUAAUGAGUUCAUCACAAACUUGAAGACAUACAUCCCACGCAGAAAAAAAUGAAACACAGAUUUAUGAUAACCCUUAAAUGUAUAUGUGCUUAGUGUUAUUUGUUAUCAUUUUACCACUGAAUUAUCCAAAAGGAGAUAUAGCCGCAAGCACUAGCUACCUCUAAUCGCACUCUUCGGAAGAUCAGUCUUGACAACUUUAUCAAUUAGAACAAAAACUUUCACAGUUAACCAAUAACAGUAGAAUCUCAGAAUUUCAAACUCUUGAAAUUUUUAUCAAUCAAUAACUAAAAUAGUGGAAGAAUGAAAUCAAAGA